AUGAUCAAGAAAAGUACUUUGAUAUUCCCAGUCCUAUUUGUAUUCAUUCUGAUCAAAACCAUUUUGGGAAACAUAAAUCUUGUUCAUAACUUGAAACUAAAUCAUAAUCAAUUAGUCUAUAACUACAGAUUUGUAUUCAGUGACUUUAAGGAACAAAAUAUCGCUAAUAAAACUGAUAAUAUACUAUAGAAUGCAUUUGCUAACGUAGACGUUAAAAUCGUACCUCACAAUAUUUAGAGAGGAAUCUAAUACAAAUUUUAUGCUUUUCUUGCAGACUACAAUUAAGCAGUGAAUGCUGCUACCUUACUAGAGAUUCGUUCUAAAUAGGGUAGUCUCAGACAUUCAAGAGAUAUAGAUGAAGUGUUAAGGCCAUUUAUACCAUAUUUCCCUAUUUACAACUCUGUAAUAAUUGAAAAUAAUGACCAGGAGUAUUUCAUCUAGAAGUCUUCUAAAAUAUAAACCUAAGGGGUUUACUAUAUGCUUUUUAUUUACGCAAAAAACAAAGCUGAAAAUGAUGAAAAUUAGAUGGGAGAUGAAAGCUUAUUCAAAGAUCCUUCAGAUUUAAACUUAAACAGCGAUUAUGUUGUGCUAAGUGGGACAAUUACUUAUAAAAAUUCAAAUGGUUAUUUAGAUUCUGAAAGACUUCCUCUUCUCUAGUUUUAUACUGGCAGUUUCUUCAUUUUGAUGGUAAUUGGGUUAAUAUGGCAAGUAGUUUGCAUAAAGCAUAAGAAUAAUUUGAUAUUUCUUCAUCACUUUUUAUCAGUAAUACUUACUUCAUAGUUUAUCUAGGCUGGCUUUAUGAUAGGAGAGUUAACCAUUCAAAACAGUCGAGGAGAUCUAAAUUAUUCAUUCAUUGUAUUUAAUAUACUGUUUUCUGUAAUCAGAAAUACAUAUGCCAGAGUUUUGACAUUACUAGUUGCUUUAGGAUUUGGAAUUGUUUUAACACCUUAAGAAGUGAAAUAAAAGUAUAGAUCUUUAAUUUUAACACUAUCUGGACUUUAUUUCGUCUCAAACACUGCAUAUUUGAUUGCCCUUUAUUACAAUUAGAUUGCUACAUUAUCUCACUCUAUUCAACUCGGAGUAAGCUUACCUUUAUCAGCAACAAAUACAUUCUUUUUCUAUUGGAUUAUGCUAAGUCUUUAGAAAAUUAUUAAGGAACUCUCUGAUAAGAAACAAACUGUCAAGCUUGAUAUUAUGAAGAAAUUCUCAUGCGUGCUAUUGUUUUCAUUUCUUAUAGCAUUCUUUGGAGUUCUAGCUGAGUUAUACUUUAAAUUCUAGGGAGACAAAAAAACUAUGUGGAAGUAUGAGUGGCUUGUGGAAUCAUUUUGGUUCAAUAUGUUUUCAGUUUUCUUAGUAAUGAUGAUGAUUCUCAUGAGACCAAAUGAAAAAUCGAGACUAUUGGCCUUAGUGCAUUAAUUAGGUGACGAAAAUAAUGAAACUGGAACCAGGAGGGGUGAAGGAGGUGCAGAGUAAAUCACAGAUCAACCAGACGAAGAAAAUUCAAUUGAGCUCAGCAACUUAAGCACUAAAAAGAAGUAAAAAUCGAGUGAGGUAAGGAGAUUAAACAACAAUUUUAUGGCAAGUGAUCAGAACCCUAACUAAUAAAGACAAGAUCAAAAUUAAAAGAAGAAUUUGCAAAUUGAAAUCGAUGAGGAGUGA